GACAUUUCUUAGCUGAAGCUGUGUGGAAAUUACAGCUUUUAUACUCAAACGACACAGAACCCUUCUCCCUGCUGGCUCUGUGCUCCGUAGCCCUGGAGGAUUUUCUUCUUGCCUGGAUAUGAAAGCUUAGCCUAUAUUGGUGACUUGCUGCAGUUGUCAUUUUCUGUUUGCAACUACGUAGGUGGAUUCCUUCAUGAAGUAACCAAGUAGUUUAUUUUACAUUGUUCAUCCAUCGACUAAAGGUGACCAGUUUCCUCUUUUUAUAAAAAAAAAAGGACCAUCCCUCUUCUCUAGAAAGGAAAACAGCCUCCAGAUCUGUGGAAAGCAGUUUGAUAUAUUUUUCAACUUAGUUUAUUUUCAACUAGCAAAUGGUGUGAUCUUCACUUCAGACAUCACCGCACCCCUCUCGUGAUGCAGAUGGUCAUGGUCAGAUUUAGUUUUGAACCAACAACCCACUGUGUUUCAUGAAGAGGUUUGGCAGCCUGAGGAGGAGCAAGAAAAAGAAGGAGCAGGAUGGGCUAGGAAGCAGGAAUCAGUCCGAGGCGUCAUGUCUGUCCGCCUCUGGACUCUCCACACCACCCACCACCCCCACCCACGCGCCCAGCCAGCCUGUGUUCACCCAGGAGGCCGUGCCGAGCGGACCUGAACGCCCCGAUGCGAGAUCGCUAUCCCGCUUCAUCUCCACCCCUCCCGACACAGGGCAGCGCCUCAGCCUUCCCUCUGCUAAACCCCCAAUCGCCUCCUCGAGCCCUGUGCCAUCAAACUCUACCUCGCAACCAGUGUACGGUUUAUUCGAAGGCAUGCUGGAGAAACUUGAACUGGACGAUGAUGCUGCUGAACCUGAGAGUGAUAUUUACAUGCGCUUCAUGAAAUCCCACAAGUGCUAUGACAUCGUCCCCACAAGCUCCAAGCUGGUUGUGUUCGACACAGCACUCCAAGUUAAGAAGGCAUUCUUUGCUUUGGUAGCCAACGGUGUGCGAGCUGCUCCACUAUGGGACACAGAGAAGCAAAGCUUUGUGGGAAUGUUGACAAUCACCGAUUUCAUCAUCAUACUACACAGAUACUAUAAGUCACCGAUGGUGCAAAUAUAUGAAUUAGAGGAACAUAAGCUUGAGACUUGGAGAGAGGUUUACCUUCAGGCAACAUUCAAACCUCUGGUCAACAUAUCACCUGAUGCAAGCCUAUUCGAUGCAGUGUACACCCUCAUCAAAAACAAAAUUCACCGCCUGCCCGUCAUCGACCCUGUCACGGGAAAUGCACUUUAUAUUCUCACACACAAGAGGAUCCUCAAAUUCCUCCAGCUUUUUAUGUGUGAAAUUCCAAAGCCAGCUUUCAUGAAGCAGACUCUCGGGGAGCUGGGCAUUGGUUCGUACCGUGACAUUGCUUUCAUCCGCCCCAACACGCCCAUCAUCAAAGCGCUCAACGUUUUUGUGGAGAGACGAGUGUCGGCCCUGCCUGUGGUGGAUGAGACGGGCAAAGUUGUGGAUAUUUACUCCAAGUUUGACGUCAUUAACUUGGCUGCUGAGAAGACGUACAACAACCUGGACAUCACAGUGACGCAGGCUCUGAAGCAUCGCUCCCAGUACUUUGAGGGAGUCAUGAAGUGCCAUAAAAUGGAAACAAUGGAGACCAUUGUGGACAGAAUAGUGAAAGCUGAAGUGCAUCGGUUGGUGGUGGUGGAUGAGCACUCCAGCAUCGAGGGCAUCGUCUCGCUGUCAGACAUCCUCCAGGCCUUAGUGCUCAGCCCUGCAGAUGGCUGUAAGGAGGAGACCAUGACUGAGUGGAAUACCACGGCAGCAGGGUUUCAGUUUGGGACUGAAGCCAGUGUCCCGAGUGCUGGAACCUGAGCUGUCCCUUCUCCCCGCUCUGCAAAAUGCAUUCAGUCAUUGAUUGUUUUUUAUCGAUGUUUGUCUUGUGUUACAGUCUGAUAUAAAAUUUGGAAACGCUCACAGGCUCCAAAAUAUUGUAUUGUACAUAGCAAGUUGGUUUUGGAAGUGUUUUUAUUUUCUCCAUCAUAAAAAAAGUCCUCUAUGCAUGGAUGAAAGAUACUGUCUUCACACAAUAAAUAUGUGCAACCAUGUCUAUAGCAGCAUAGGGUAGAAGAUAAUAAA